GCAUUGUGGGCUUGCGAGGGAGAGGUAUAGGCCCUAACGUUGACAACGACCCGGGGCCGCGUCGGUCGCCCGAGUAGAGGGAGGGAAGGCAGCGCGGAUUUGCUGGACGUCUGACAAAUUUCCUGAAUAUUGGAAAACCGACACAACUGGAGUAGCUAAUCGCAACUCCCGACUCCAGAAGAGUUUAACGUCCAUUGAGGUUAAAAUGAUGAAAAAUGUCCACCUGGCAACCGAAGCAGAUGAAGAGGAUAUUUAUUCUGGUUACAAUGACUAUAAUCCUACCUUUGAUACAGAGGAUUUAGAGAAUGAUCCAGCUUUUCAACAAGCUGUGAAAACUAGUCAUGGUAGAAGACCUCCUCUUACAGCCAAAGUUCCAGGUACAUCAGGUUCACGACCCUUAGCUACUGGAUAUGGGUCAAAGACAACACUAUCUUCAUCAAUGGGCAGACCAAUGACAGCAGCUGUACAGGAUGGUGUUGCUCGACCGAUGACAGCAGUGCAGGCAGCAGGUUACACCAAAGCAGUUUCCAGAGGUUCUGUAUUUGAUCCUCUUGGUCAAGCAAGGGGACCAGCUCCUCCCCUAGAAACAAAGAAUGAAGAUAGUCCAGAGGGAAAGAUAAAGCAGUUGGAAAAAAAAGUGAACGAGUUAGUUGAAGAAAGCUGCAUUGCUCACAGUUGUGGAGACUUAAAGUUGGCUCUUGAAAAGGCGAAAGAUGCUGGAAGAAAGGAAAGAGCUUUAGUAAGACAACGUGAACAAACUAUGUCUCCUGCCAACAUCAACCUAGAUCUUACUUACACUGUUCUCUUUAAUUUGGCCAGCCAGUACUCUGCUAAUGAAAUGUACGCAGAAGCAUUAAAUACCUAUCAGGUCAUAGUGAAAAACAAGAUGUUUGUCAAUGGAGGCAUGCUGAAGGUGAACAUGGCAAAUAUUUAUUUGAAGCAGAGAAACUAUUCAAAAGCUAUCAAAUUUUACCGAAUGGCUCUGGAUCAGAUUGCAAGUGUCCAUAAAGAAAUGAGGAUUAAAAUAAUGCAGAACAUUGGAGUUGCAUUUAUUAAGACUGGCCAAUAUACAGACGCCAUUAGCUCAUUUGAGCACAUUAUGAGCACAUUGCCAAACCUAAAAGCAGGCUUCAACUUGAUCCUUUGCUAUUUUGCUACUGGAGACAGAGAACAAAUGAAAAAGGCUUUCCAAAAAUUAAUUGCGGUGCCACUGGGAAUUGAUGAUGACGACAAAUACAUUUCACAAGGAGAUGAUCCACAUACAAACCUACUGAUUGAAGCUAUUAAAAAUGACAGCUUGCGGCAAAUGGAGCGUGAAAGGAAAGCUACAGCAGAAAAGUAUAUCAUGACGGCUGCUAAACUAAUUGCUCCAGCGAUUGAAACAUCAUUUGCUGUAGGCUAUGAUUGGUGUGUAGAAAUGGUAAAAGCUUCUCAGUAUGUGGAGUUAGCCAAUGACCUGGAAAUCAAUAAAGCAAUUACAUAUUUGAGGCAAAAGGACUUUAAUCAGGCUGUGGAGACUUUAAAGAUGUUUGAAAAAAAAGAUAGCAGAGUUAAAAGUGCAGCUGCAACGAACCUUUCGUUUCUUUAUUUCUUGGAAAAUGAAUUUACACAGGCAAGCCACUAUGCAGAUUUAGCAGUAAAUUCUGAUAGAUACAACCCAUCUGCUCUCACAAAUAAAGGAAAUACGAUCUUUGCAAAUGGAGACUAUGAGAAGGCAGCAGAGUUCUAUAAGGAAUCUCUAAGAAAUGAUUCUUCGUGCACUGAAGCGCUUUAUAACAUUGGUUUAACGUAUAAAAAGCUGAACAGGUUAGAUGAGUCAUUGGAUUCUUUUCUGAAGCUUCACGCUAUCCUUCGAAACAGUGCCCAGGUUCUCUUCCAAAUAGCAAGCAUAUAUGAAUUAAUGGAGGAUCCUAAUCAGGCCAUUGAGUGGCUUAUGCAACUCAUCAGUGUUGUUCCAACGGACUCACAUGCAUUAGCAAAGCUUGGAGAACUCUAUGACAGUGAAGGAGAUAAGUCUCAGGCUUUUCAAUAUUACUACGAGUCCUAUCGGUAUUUCCCUUCAAACAUUGAGGUCAUUGAAUGGCUUGGAGCCUAUUACAUUGACACACAAUUUUGUGAAAAAGCCAUUCACUACUUUGAAAGAGCAGCACUUAUUCAACCAACUCAGGUGAAGUGGCAAUUGAUGGUUGCAAGCUGCUUCAGAAGAAGUGGUAACUACCAAAAAGCUCUUGAUACCUACAAGGCGAUUCACAGAAAGUUUCCUGAAAACGCGGAAUGUUUACGCUUUUUGGUCCGACUCUGCACAGACAUGGGCUUGAAAGAAAUCCAAGAGUAUGCAACAAAGCUUAAGAGAGUGGAAAAACUGAAAGAAAUAAGGGAACAGCGUGUCAAGUCUGGCAGAGAUGGCAGUGCCCGGGCACGCAGAGAAGGCAGCGGUGGUGGUGAUCCUGGUAGCAUCACGCAUAAAGGGGAGCGUCUGAGUGCUAAAUUGAAAGCUUUGCCAGGAACAUAUGAGCCCUAUGAAAGCAGUGGUAAUAAAGAAAUAGAUGCUUCCUAUAUUGACCCACUUGGACCACAGGCUGAGAGACCAAAAACUGCACUGAGGAAAAAAAUAGAUGAAGAUGAAUUUGCUGAUGAAGAACUGGGAGAUGAUUUGCUUCCAGAAUAACCUGUAGCCCAGUAUAGUAACCUUAAAAGCUUUGAAAGGAAAAAAAGAGAAAUGUUUCUUACAGGUUUUGAUAAGGUUGUGAAGUUCUUAUGUUUAUUUAAGCAAUGUGUAUAUGAACUGUGAAUUUUGAGUAAACCGUUUUUAUAGAGCA